AUGUGGCACUCAGGGGCAUGGGUGGCUCUGGGUGCCAUAUGCAUCUGUCGCGUCUGCUCUUAUAGUGGUGAUCCCUACGGCGAUGGUGCCGAGUUUACUGGUGAUGGUGGCGGUGGUGGUUUCGGGAACGGAGGCGAUGGCAGUUACGGAGAUGCAGGUCAAUCUGGGGACGGCAGCUGGGGCGGUGCUUCCUCAUGGGAUGGAGAAUCAUCAGGCUUCGACGGGGCGCAGGGCGGUGAUGGUGGCCAGGCCGGAGACGGAGACCAGGCCGGGGACGGCGACGGCUCACAGGGUGGGGGUGGCGACGGGUCGCAAGGCGGUUACGGUUCGCAAGGCUCGCAAGGCGGCUACGGGUCGCCGCCCAGCCAGGGAUCACUGGGCGGCCAUGCUCAAGAUACCGGCAGCAGCAAGCAUGGCAGUGCUGAAACCUUUGCACCGACCACUGCUGAGCCUGCCGCGCCACCGGCCCCAGCACCUCCUGCCCAAGAGCCAGGAGUCGUCCCACCUCCUCGGCCCACUACUACGACCGCCGAACCUGAAACUGGUGAUUGGACAAAGUCGACCACCAUGAACCAUGUCCACGGAGAGACGACCUACAGACUCGGAG